AUGGGAACUACUGGGCUGGGAAAAACGUCAGAACAGUGGCGAGCAGAAAUUCAAGAAGAAAAGGACAAAGCCGAUAGAUGGGAACAGAAAUUCCAAGAAAUGCAGAGGCGAAACGAGGCUUUAGAAAAGAAGUUGAAAGCAGGCUUGAGCAAGAUUGAGGAAAUGAAGCAAAGAAUCGAAGAGCUAGAAAUGGCAUUGGAAAAUUGUGAAAACCGGAUCAAGCACUUGGAAGCAAAUGAAAAUCGUAAUAAGGAACAGCUACAAUACUUUCAGAACCAAGUUAGGAGCAGAGAUAAUAUUAUGGAGGAAGCUGUGGUCCAGAUCUGA